ACAUUGUAUCGUCCAACCACCCAUCUUUGUCUCGCGUCUGGUGAUAGGUCGAGAGAAUCGGAUGACUUUAUUGACGUUCACAUAACCUAUUCAAAAGUUAUGUCAGGACAGAGAUUCCGGUAGUACCAGUGUUCCAGUUCCAAAAAAAAAAUGGCCCAAACGGACCCUAAUGUAAUCGUAGGCCCAGAAGUUGAGCGCUUCAUUGAAGGUUCCUUAGGUGAAUUAUUGCUACUUUUACUGAAAACACACUGUGAUAAUGUCUUACAAGUUGAUGCCGCAACUGACGAAGAAUUGCCAGCUAAUUUAUUACUAAGUCGUUCGAUUCAACUCGCAAAAUGGUUACGCAGUAUUGGGGUUAAAGAAGGAGAUUCGAUUUCGGUAAAUAGCGAAAAUCGGUUAGAAUUCGCCGUUGUGACAGUGGCCACGUUUUUCGUUGGCGCUGUUUUUGCCCCUUUAAACCCUGAAUAUACUCCAGGCGAAUUAAACCACGUUCUCCAACUUUCAAAACCCAAAGUCAUUUUUUGUUCGCCUCAAACGAUUCAAACUAUGACUAAAGUUUUCGCCGAUCAUCCAAAUCUCACACAUUUGGUGCUUUUUGGGGCGCAGAAACGUAACGAGAGUUACGUUAUAAUGCAUGAGGAUAUUAUCAGAGGCGCCACCGGUGACAACAUUGACGAAAGUUUUGAAGCCACACCAGUGGACCCCAAAGACGCCAUUGCCACGAUUUUAAUGUCGUCAGGGACCACUGGUUUGCCAAAGGGUGUGAUGUGCACCCAUGAAAGCAUGACCACCUAUGUUGACAUAAUGAGGGUUACCAUGGCACAAAUAAUCGAAAAUGACGAUCCCAGCGACGCCAUGAUGGGUCUCGCCCCAUUUUUCCACUCAAUGGGUUUCAUGUUAAUGUUUUUGAAUUUGUUACGCGGCAAAAAAAUGGUUGUUUUGAGUCGUUUCAAAACCAAAAUUUUCCUAGACGCUAUCAUAAAGUACAAAAUUUCGCGACUUGUUGUACCACCACCUGUCAUGUUGGUGCUCCUGAAACACCCACUUACUAAACAAUACGACCUGUCUGGAAUUAAGGAAAUUCGGACAGGAGCUGCCCCCAUGGGGAAAGACAUGGAACGUGAAUUAAAAAACCGAUUUAAAGUAGGCCACGUGUCUCAAGGUUACGGAAUGACUGAAACGACGUUAGGAAUUCUAGUCAGUCCUUUGGGCAAAACUAAAGUCGGAUCAGUUGGGAAAAUUGUUCCAGGAAUGAUGGCCAAAGUUAUUGAUGAUACUGGAAAGGCUUUAGGGCCGUAUAAAGAAGGCGAGGUUUGUUUUAAAGGGCCCUUGAUUAUGAAGGGUUAUGUUGGCGAUCCUGUUGCCACGGCCAAUACGAUUGAUCAAGACGGCUGGAUACAUACCGGAGACGUGGCCUACUACGAUGAGGACGGAUAUUUUUUUAUUGUUGACAGAAUUAAAGAACUUAUUAAGUACAAAGGCUAUCAAGUGGCACCUGCUGAACUUGAGGCUUUGUUAAUCACACAUCCGGCGGUUGCAGAUGCCGCUGUUAUCGGCCUACCUGAUGAAAGGGCCGGGGAAUUACCGCUGGCCUUUGUUGUGAAAAAACCCAAUCAUGAGACGACUGACAAAGAAUUGGAAAAAUUUGUCGCCGACAAUGUAUCGUCUCAGAAACAAUUGAGAGGAGGUGUUGUGUUCAUUGAUGCCAUUCCGAGAAAUCCGUCAGGAAAGAUUUUACGGAGACAUUUGAAACAGCACGCAAUCACACUUAAAUCAAAGCUUUAAGUAAAUUUUGUUGUUAUUUUUGUUGAUAAUUUUAUACUGGUUUUGUUGGUGUCGUGAUAAUAAAACGUGACAAAAGUAAAAA